AUGGGUACCGCAAAGAAGAAUCUCAAGGCGACAAAGAAGUUUGAGAAGAAUCGCCUCAGAGGUGUUCUCGACAAGAGGAAUGCCACGGCCAAGGUCAAGCAGCGCCAGCAGAUGAAGGACAAGAAGCAGGGCCGUCGAAACAAGGAUGCCGAAUUUUUCAAGGGUCCCUCCGAGGAGGGCGGCGACGGUGCCGCAGACGGUGGCCGACCUUUCAAGAAGCCCAAUGCUGGUCUGAUCGGCAAGGGAAAGAAGGUCAACGACAUGAGCGUCGACGACUUCUUCCAGGGCGGAUUCGACGACAUCAUCGACAACGACAAGGCUGCCGCUGACGGCAAGCUGGGCAAACGGAAGCGCGGCGCCCCGUCCAGGAAGGCCCAGUCGGACGACGAGUCCGACGACGAGGAGCCCAUCCUCACCAAUGGCAAGGAUGACGGCGACAGCGACUCGGACGAGGACGACGAGGACCUCGAGGAGGGCGGCGGCAUGAGCAAGCAGACCAUGGACGAGCUGGCCGACAAGGACCCCGAAUUCUACAGGUUCCUCAAGGAGAACGAUCCGGAAGCGCUGGACUUUGACGACAACGCCGACCUGGCCGAGGUAGACGAGCUCAGCCAAGGCGACUCGGACGAGGACGAGGAGCAGCAGCGGCGGCCUAAGAAGAAGCGCAAGCAGGGCAACAAGAAGACGGCCGAGGCCGGGGGGGAGGAGGAGGAGGAGGAGGAAGAGGAGGAAAAGCCGGCGCUCCAGAACAAGGAGCUGACGCGCGAGAUUGUGGCGUCGUGGAAGAAGUCGAUCACCGAGAGGCAGUCUCUGCGCGCGGCACGGCAGGUGGUGCUGGCGUUCCGGUGCGCCGCGCGGCUGAACGAGGACGAGGACGAGGACGAGCGGCGGUGGAAGAUCACCAGCCCCGACGUGUUCAACGACGUGCUCGUGCUGGCGCUCAACGAGAUCCCGCGCGUCAUGAACCACCACCUGCCGGUCAAGGAGUCGUCGUCGGGAAAGGUGUACGUGCAGACGGAGACGGCCAAGUUCCGCAACCUGUCCCUGCUCCUCAAGACAUACACGACGUCGAUGAUGGUCCUGCUGGGCACGCUGUCCGACGACCGGACGCUCAAGCUGACGCUGUCAGCCAUGACGCCGAUCCUCCCCUACCUCCUGUCGUUCAAGAAGCUGAUCAAGGCGCUGGCCAAGGCCGUCGUCAACUUCUGGGCGCAGCCGGCCAGCUCGGAGACGACGCGGAUCACCGCGUUCCUGGUGCUGCGGCGGCUGGUCAGCAUCGGCGACAAGGGCAUCCGCGAGACGGUGCUCAAGACGACGUACCAGGGCCUCAUCCAGGGCUGCCGCGUCACCAACGCCAACACGGUCCAGGGCAUCAACCUGGUCAAGAACUCGGCCGCCGAGCUGUGGGGCAUGGACCCGACCGUCGGCUACACCACGGCCUUCGGCUUCAUCCGCCAGCUGGCCAUCCACCUGCGCAACAGCAUCGUCAACAACAAGAACGACUCGUUCCGCAUCGUCUACAACUGGCAGUACACGCACUCGCUCGACUUCUGGUCCUGCGUCCUGGCCGAGCACUGCAACCCGCUCAGGGAGGCCGAGGCCGGCCGCGAGUCCCCCCUCCGCCCGCUCAUCUACCCGCUCGUCCAGGUCACGCUCGGCGCCCUCCGGCUGAUCCCCACGGCCGUCUACUUCCCGCUGCGCUUCCACCUGCUGCGCUCCCUGCUGCGCACCUCGCGCGCCACGGGGACCUACAUCCCCCUCGCCUCCCCGCUCAUCGACGUCCUCAACUCGGCCGAGAUGCGCCGCGUCCCCAAGCCGUCCACGCUCAAGGCCCUCGACUUCUCCCUCUCCUACAAGUGCCCCAAGUCCUACCUCCGCACCCGCGUCUACCAGGACGGCGUGGGCGACCAGGUCGUCGAGCUCCUGUCCGAGUACUUCCUCCUCUGGUCCACCUCCAUCGCCCUGCCCGAGCUGGCCCUGCCUGUCGUCAUCCAGCUCAAGCGAUGGCUCAAGCAGGCCCGCUCCAGGUCCGGCGGCAACCGCAAUCAGAAGCUCAUCGCCUCCGUCGUCCUGCUCGUCCAGAAGCUCGAGGACAGCUCGCGCUUCGUCGAGUCCCACCGAUCAAAGGUCGACUUCGCCCCCCGCGACCGCACCCAGGUCGACAACUUCCUGCGCGACUUCGACGUCGCCAAGACCCCCAUCGGCGCCUACGUCGUCGGUCAGCGUGCCGGUAGGGCCCAGCGGGCAAAGAUGCUCGAGGAUGCUCGCAAGGAGGACGAUCGGAAGAGGAAGGAGGACGAGAUGGCUGCCAAUGCUGCUGGUCGUGAUGACCUUGACAGCGAAGAGGACGACGAGCGUGACGAUGACGAUAUGGAUGUUGAGCAUCAGCUUGCCGAGGAGGAGGAUGAUGAGGAUGACGAGUAA